AUGUUCAGUAUGACUCGUUUUGCUGGCGUUGAACGUAGACAACGAAUUCGUGCCGAUCGUAAAUCUAUGGAAAUUGAGCGUCUUAUUGAGAAGACAUUUGAGGCUGCAGUACUCACGCAUUUGUUUCCAACUUCGCAGAUUGAUAUCUACUGUCAGAUCAUUCAGAGUGAUGGUUCUCAUCUAGCUGCUUGCGUCAAUGCCGCCUCUUUGGCGAUGUCGGACGCUGGUAUCCCAAUGAAAGGGGUUGUCGCGGCAGCCACAUGUAGUAUCGUGGAUGGACAGCCUGUCGUUGACGUCAAUCAGAGAGAAGAGACAGAUCUCCUCCCUCGGCUUACUGUAAGUCACAUCACAUGA